UUCGUCGGGAGAGAGCGAGAAGUUGACCGUUAUAAUUAGGCUGCGUUUGUUCUCAAGGGUUUUGUCGAGACGCGCAAGUUCCUCCUCGCCGCCUCCCAGUCCAAGAAGCUCGACAUGAACUCGGCCGACUUCCAGGAGGCUAUCAAGCCUAUCAGCGACGCCAUCCAGGCCGCUCAGGAAAUCAAGGACAAGAACCGCGGUUCUCCCUUCUUCAACCACCUCGGCAUGGUGGCCGACGGCAUCAUGCUCCUCGCGUGGAUCACUGUUCAGUCUAGGCCUCACAAGCUCAUUGAUGAAAGCCUUUCCUCUGCCGAGUACCUAGGCAACAGAGUCAUGCAGGCAAACAAAAACACUGAUCCCCAGCAUACCGAAUGGGUCAAGACCUUCUACCAGAUCUUCAAGGACUUGUCGGAAUAUACCAAGGAGUACUACGACAACGGCAUUGUGUGGAACCCUAACGGCAAGUCUUACAAGGAGGUUGUUCAGAGUCUUGACUCCGGCAGCGCUCCCUCUGCACUACCCGCGCCUCCAGCCCCAGCCGGAGGUGCUCCCCCUCCGCCCCCUCCUCCUCCUGGACCUCCCCCGGUGCUCAAGAUCAAUGAGCAGAAGGCGGAACCGGCCCAGGCCGGUGGUUUCAGUUCCCUCAUGUCUGAGCUCAACAAGGGCGAGGCAGUUACAAAGGGUCUCAAGAAGGUCGACAAGUCGCAGAUGACACACAAGAACCCUUCUCUCAGGGUGGGAUCAACCGUUCCCGAUGGACCAGCGACACGUUCCAAGAGCCCUGCGCCCCCUGGAACCAGGCCGCCCAAGCCUGAGAGCAUGCGUGCGAAGAAGCCUGCAAAGAAGGCGCUCGAGGGCAACAAGUGGAUCAUCGAAAACUACGAUGCUGCCGCUGGCAACGUCGAGAUCGAGGCCUCCAUUUCCCAGUCGAUCCUCAUCAGCAGGUGUAACGGUGUCGUCAUCGUCGUCAAGGGCAAGGCCAACGCUGUCAACAUCGACAACUGCGACAAGGUGUCGCUUAUCGUGGACACUCUUGUCUCGACUGUCGACGUUGUCAGGUCCAAGAACUUCCAGCUUCAGGUCAACGAGACGAUUCCCACCGUGCUCUUGGAUCAGGUUGAGCAAGCCACGAUCUGGCUGAGCAAGGAGAGCAUCUCGACAAGGGUGUUCCAGAGCAAGACGGACAACGUCAACAUUAUGGUUGUGGACGAGAACGACGAUUCCAAGGAGCUUCCUCUUCCCAGCCAGAUUUGCUCGUACUAUGAUCCCGAGAAGAAGGAGCUUAUCAGCGAGAUUGUUUCUCACUGUGGUUAAAUCAUGUGUCAUCAUCGUUGCUUAGUCGAGAGAAUGCCGGGAAAAGGGGGUAGCUUGAUGCAGGAUGGCGUUUGGUUCUGAUCGUGAGCGUUGUUGUUACAUAUUCUUCAACCUACAUAAUAGCAUGCCUUGACUUGAAUAUCAAUAGAUGGCAUGUUC